AUGACGACGCCGCCGCCGCCCCUGGGGGCAACACACCCGUCGCCGCCCCUGGGGGCAACACACCCGUCGCCGCCCCUGGGGGCAACACACCCGUCGCCGCCCCUGGGGGCAACACACCCGUCGCCGCCCCUGGGGGCAACACACCCGUCGCCGCCCCUGGGGGCAACACACCCGUCGCCGCCCCUGGGGGCAACACACCCGUCGCCGCCCCUGGGGGCAACACACCCGUCGCCGCCCCUGGGGGCAACACACCCGUCGCCGCCCCUGGGGGCAACACACCCGUCGCCGCCCCUGGGGGCAACACACCCGUCGCCGCCCCUGGGGGCAACACACCCGUCGCCGCCCCUGGGGGCAACACACCUGUCGCCGCCCCUGGGGGCAACACCCGUCGCCGCCCCUGGGGGCAACACCCGUCGCCGCCCCUGGGGGCAACACACCCGUCGCCGCCCCUGGGGGCAACACACCCGUCGCCGCCCCUGGGGGCAACACACCCGUCGCCGCCCCUGGGGGCAACACACCCGUCGCCGCCCCUGGGGGCAACACACCCGUCGCCGCCCCUGGGGGCAACACCCGUCGCCGCCCCUGGGGGCAACACCCGUCGCCGCCCCUGGGGGCAACACCCGUCGCCGCCCCUGGGGGCAACACCCGUCGCCGCCCCUGGGGGCAACACCCGUCGCUGGCACCAGGGAGUAA